ACUUUAAUGUUUAAGGUCGAGUGCCGGGAAAACUAAAAGAGCUCGAAGUUCUCUAUUCCAAAUGUCAAUGAACUUUGGAUAGUACUUUUGACAAUUAGUAAUGGCGGACAAAUGUUGAUCCUAUAGAAAGCAAUAAUCUGAGCAUGGAUAGUUCGACUUUAUACCAAAAGUUGUCAAGAUAUCUACCUUAUUCUAAAUGCAGAAAUGAAGGUUGCAAAUGUAGUACAUGGAAGCUCUCAGACAGUACGAUGGAUGAAAAACUUGUUGAAGCUAUAUGUGAAAAUUGCUGUCAUGUUCAUUAUAGCUUGUCUGAUCCAAACGAGAGCACGUGGCUUAAUAGUGCAAUGCAAAUGGUCGACGAUGUGGAACGAAUGUAUAUUUUAUGUACCAAGGAAGAAGAUUAUGAAACAAGAAAUAUAUAUUUCUGUAUUUUAAAGCGCCUUCGCAAGGCGUUAAUGAAUAAAGUACAACCCGUUUUUGAUGACAAACCUCCUUUCGAGCGACCUGAUAUCAAUACAGCUGUACGAAACGCGUUAUUAUUCUGUGCUGUCACUGAUCCUCAAAAUCCAGAAAUAACAAUUGAACUGUGUAAAUUAUUCCUAGCAUAUGUGAAUUCAUAUAAGAUCACAUAUCCAAGUCAAAGGAUUCAGAAGUAUGAAAAUAAAACAGGAUACAAAUUAAUAUAUAUGAGGUGGAUAUGCCACUGUUAUGUGCCAAAGUUCUGUAAUGCCUUACCAUAUACUGAGGCUACAUGUGCAUUUGGAAAGAAUUUCUUGUUAGCCGUUUUGCCUGAAAUUAAAAGAAGACUAAUCGAAUUUUUCAAACAAGAUUCUAUAAUCCCGUCCAUGCUAGAUGCAAAGAUACAUUUAAUACAACCUUUAACACGACUGUGUAAUUUGCUGGAAGAUAAUGUUGAGGACAAAACAACUUCCGUCUGGGAUCCGUAUUUCCAACCACCAUUGCGUCCCGACAAUGUAAUUACACCAAGCGGAUUAUUACAGUCGAUUUCUAUUGACCACGUGGUCGAUUUCUCUACACAUCAACGUAAUAUAAUCAUCAGUAGUUCAAGUGAACUGAAAAGUGAUUCAAUUGUUACACCAGCUCUCACUGAUCUAAAAGCAGAGAAACUGUUUAGUAAUCCAGAUUUGGUGAAUGGUGAUAAGGAUAUGGUAGUUAAUACACCUAUUAAGUCUGAACCUGAAGAGUCACUUACAAAACCUGCCAAAGUAACUGAUCAUACAACGCACCGAAGGACAAGCGUACGUCUUCGGAGUCAAUUAUCGCUUAAUACACAAUCUUCUGUGAGUGAUUCAGAAAAGUCGAACUGUAAAUCAGAAGACAAAACUGUGGUCACCGAUAGCAAUACUAAAAAGUCAUUGAAUGAUAAGUUAAAUAUUUCAGAUGUUAGUAGUACAGAAUUAGAACAAAUUCUACAAGAAAUGAAAAACAGUGAAAGCCCUUGUAAAGGAUUUUAUCCUUUUCAAACGCUUCAUUCGUUAAACGCAACAAGAGAUGCCGCUGCACGUCAAGAAGAAUCAGCCGGGAAUAUUGAAUUUCAUAUAGUUAAUAAUAGUUUAAAUCCUAAUCAACCUCCACAAACAUAUAUUUGGCUUUUGGAGUUAUUAAAUGUAUUUGCUUUGCAAUUACCUCGUAUGCCAAAGGAAUACAUUGCACGACUUAUUUUUGACCCAAAACACAAAAAUCUCAUUUUGUUAAAAGUUUCGGAUUCAUGUGAAAAACAUGCUAUCGGCGGGAUCUGCUUUCGUAUGUUUCCAUCUCAGGGAUUUACGGAAAUAGUGUUUUGUGCAGUAAUUUUCAAUGAACAAGUAAAAGGUUAUGGAACACAAAUGAUGAAUCAUUUAAAAGAUUAUCAUUUACAGCAUAAAAUAUUUCAUUUUCUUACAUAUGCUGAUUCAUUUGCCACUGGUUAUUUUAGAAAGCAAGGAUUUUCACGUGAAAUACGCUUAGCUCGACAAGCUUAUUUAGGUUAUAUCAAAGAGUAUGAAGGUGCCACAUUAAUGGGUUGUGAAUUAUAUCCAAAUAUUAUUUAUACUAGAUUUUCUGAAUUGAUCGCAAAACAAAAACAGGUAUCUAUUGUUGUUGUCACUGUUUGAUUCAUUUUUUUUUCUUGAGUCUGUAUAAUUGUAACUUGUUUUCCAAAUUGAAUGAAAGUGACAUAUUCCUAGUAAAUUUUGAAAUAGUGUAAAUCAAAUUUCAUUUGCCAUUAUUCUAAAGAAGCUACUGAAUGGUUAACUCCAAACUUUCGAAAGUUAUAUAGUUGUAUUCAUUACCUAGGGUACAUCUUAUAAAAGAUAAUAAUAAGACAUUUACUUAAUAUUAUUCAGAUAAUAAUUUUGGCUCAUUAUUGAAUACUUGAAUAUAUGUAUAUUGUUGUAACGGGUGGACUGCAGGUUAAAUAGAGCAGCGUAUUUAUCGACCGAUUCAGUGACACGUAAAACACGUACGGACGACCUAGAGUCCCGAUCGGUCCUGCUUCUCUGUCUAACCUAGCCAGCUGAGUCCAGAACACAAGUCACAGCCUCUGAGAUAUGAAUCAUUGGAUUUCAGACAUACUCUAUUUAUAUACCAACCAAACAGACCACAUCGUACCAUAAAAAUAGAAAACAACAUCUGUACAGUAUUUAACGAGUGAAAUAAAUAAUGGCCAAUAGGGAAUGUCCAUUUAAGGUCCAAGGACAUCAUUAGACUUAACAUGAUAAUGAUUGGUAUAUUCUUCUGCAUCCCUAACAUAUAUAAUAUUGUUGAAUUGUACUGGUCUGUUUGAAAAAAUCAAACCAUUAAUCAUAUACCAUUAGUUUACCACCAACUGCAUUUCGGUUUAUGUGCUGUGGUGAUUCGCACAGAAUUUCUCUUCCUCUCACCAAUCAUCAUCCACAUUGAAACAUUUCGACAAUUACCAGAUUUGAAGCACUCACUCGCAUUGCAAACAUGCUUGCUUGUGUAUAAUUCACUGGAUACAUAAAUCAAUUUAGAUUUACGCUUUCAUGUAUUAACUAACACGGAGUAUUGAAUGUGCAUGAUUAGUGCUUUAAUUGCAUGAGUUUUUGUAGUUAUGUUAAUGAAAAAGUUUAUAAUUAUUCUGUUUGUAAGGGGUUGUUUAUUUUUCACCUGUCAUUUCUACGUGUUUAUUUAUUUCAAUACUUUUAAGGUUCUGUGUUCAGUUUACGAAAGUGUUCUAUUUUGUGAUAUUCGGUGGUACUUCCGAAUUACAAAUGGUUGUGAUAUUCUAAUUUUAAUAAUACAAGUUUUUUUGUAUGAUGUUAUUGUAUAAGUAUAAUAUGAUUGUAUUUUUGGAAGACAAUUUUCUGAGACACUAACGAAUUGAUAUGAUUGUAACACUGAUUUAGUCGUUUCCUUUCAUGAUUCCUUCUUAAUUAUUUGAUAAAGAGUAUCAUAGGAAAAAAACGUACGUUUCGUGAUUUUAUCAUGAAGUUCUACCGUAUCUUUAAACAUUUUGUUUCGUGAAUAUUUUCUUGUGAACUUUAAAUCUGUAAAACAUCAUUCGUGAUACGAGUUUGAUAAUUUCACUUGAAUGAUAAUAUCUUGUAAAUUAUUUAAUAUUUAUUUGAUAGGUUAUUACCCGGUUGAUAGAAAAACGUCGUGAGUCUGUUAAUCAAACCUACCCAGGAAUACCUGCCAAACUAUUUCGUAAUGGACCUUUAAGACCAGAUCAAAUCCCCGGUCUAACUGAGAUCGAUCUAACUUCAAACAAAUUUUCUGAUUUAUUUCAUAAAAUUCCUAAAACAGAAUUAUCCGAAACCAAUCAAACUUCCAUAAAUAAUCAUGUUUCAGUAAAGCGAAAAUCGUCAGAAACGUUUGGUAAAUGUGUUGAGAAAUUACACGAGCCUCCGAGAAAACUACGCAAACGUUUACUAGAUCCUUUGCCAAGUCCCAGUCCGUUGACUACAAAGCCACAGAUGAAAGCAAGAAUCAGUUCAAGGUCAACGCGUUAUAAUAGCUCAUUAAAAAUAUCAGAUUCAUUGGAACCUGUUUGGAUACAAGAGGCUAAACAAUUAGCAGAAAAAAUUCGUCCUAUCCUAAAUGCAUUACGUAGUCAUAUAUUGGCUGGUCCUUUUCAAAAACCUGUUACAUUAGAUGAAGCUCCAGAUUAUUAUGAUAUUAUUGUUUUUCCAAUAGAUUUAGGCACAAUGUGGGAACGUUUAAAAUCGAAUUAUUACGUUACGAAAUCCUUGUUUAUUGCUGAUAUGAUGCGAAUGUUUCAUAAUUGUCGUACUUAUAAUCAACAAGACUCUUAUCUUUAUAGAAGUGCUAAUACUUUAGAACGUUAUUUCAUCAAUAAAAUGAAAGAGGCGGACUUAUGGCCUUAAAUUAUAUUACAGAAUCAACAAAUUAUGUAACUGAGUUUAGUAAAUUUUGUUUGAAUAUUUCUUCUCUUAUUUGUUUCCUGUUUUUCAGGGUAACACUUCGUACAAGUUUUGUAUUUUAUAAUUUAUUGUGUGACAGGUGUUAUUUUGUGUAAAUAACUUAUAGUCUUAUUAAAUUUCGUAAAGUUGUUAAUAUUGCUCAAGGACUAUCAAUAAAUAUCUGUACUGAAAAUCCUAAUUUUAAUUUCGAAUGGGUUUAAUUUCUAUCUAAUAUUUUUCACUUAUUCCGUGUAAGUUACUGAGCUUUUAAGAGAAGUAUGAAGAAUAAGUGAAGCGCACAUGGACUAGUGAUUGAGUUGGAAGGUGUGCUUAGUUGCUUUGCUGAUUAGAUUAGUAGUCAUAUUAUAAAAUCCAAUCGUCUAAGAAUUUUAAAACACCACGAUAUAUUCUGUUUCAUGAAUUAACUAGAUGACGUACAAUUAGAUUCUCAGAAUAGAUAUAUUUCGUUAUGAAGUUGUAGACACAACUUUCCUCAUAAUUUUAACGGGAUGCUAUCCUGAGACAAUAAUUUCAAGUGGCUGAUGUAAAACCCACUUCAGAAAAAACGUUAAAGGAUUUAAGGCAAAAGAAAAUAAUGUUAACUAGCGACAAAUGCACACUACCAUCAUCUUCUAGGUAUCGUUAUCCUGAAAAAGAUUGUUUACUAGUCUUUCCUGAAGAAAUUCCUGCACAUACACAUGGUCUAGAUACUUCAUUAAUUUACCAGUACCUAUUAAACUUACAAACUAAAUUAGCGAUAGCUUGACAUAUGUUCAAAUUAAUGACAGACCUGUGGUGUUUCAAUAUCAUGUCUACUGAUACACUAAAAUUCAUUUAGUUUAACGCUUAUAUUGAGAUAUUCAGGGAAAUAUCCCAAAAAUUAUCCUGUUAAGCCUAAUGCUAUCCUUCGACAUGAAAUGGUAUCAUCUUAUUGGUCAAUAUUUAUUCAACGUGUUAUUUUCCUGUUGGCCAUUAUUGUACAAUGUUAUCUUCUAUUUUAUGGUACGUUGUGGACUGCUUGACUGGUAUAUAAACAAAGUAUGUUUGAAAUAUAAUGAUUCAUAAAUCCGAGGCUGAGACUUGUGUUCUGGACUCAAUUGACUGAGCUAGACAGGGAAGCGAGACCAAUCAGAACCCUAGGUCGUUCUACGUGUCUUUGGUCCGAUCAAUUCGCUACCCCUCAAUCGGCAGCAUUUAUUUUUCACGUUAUAACAGCUUAUGAAUGAUUUUCGCUUCAAACUGUGAAAACUAAUUGAUAUGAUACGUAAAUCAACUGAGUAACCCUCUCCAAAAUGGAUAUAUCUACCACGCACGCAACGUCGUACACGAUACCUAAAUGUUACUUCACGAGAUUUCGCAAAACCCGUAAUAGAUGCACAUAACUUUUAUAGAUGGUUGCAGUUACUUCAAGGAGAAUCAUUAGCCUAAACAAAACCUUGAUAAUGCGAGAAAACGACUAAGCUCUUGAGUGACAUGCGAACUGUCAGAAGCAACCGACAAGAACCCGUGCACCCUAGCAUCCUAAUAGUGGCUAAUUUAUGGUUAUACAUUUGUCGUAGAUACUUGAACAGGGUAAUUCGGCGUUGUGUGUGGUCUAACUGUAAUCGUUACAGACCUAAUGAGCAAACUAUAAUGAUUUUAGAGGAAGGAAAUAACAUCUUGUUCUGUCGGAAUGGAGUUUGAGUCAGAUCUUCUUUCAAGCGGUGGUGUUCAUAUAGAAUAAUUGCUUUGUAAAUCGCUGCUCGCUUCAUUCUAAGCACAAUAUGAUAACUUUAUAUGCGUUCACGAUAUUCGAGUUUGGGGAACUUCUAGAAACACCACAUUCGAAACUCCCACUCAUCCUGAGUUUAUUCACGGUUACUUAUUUGAGAAAUGCGACGAGUAUUUUAUACCACCAAUUUAUAAACUGAUGACCUGAGAAAAAUUAAAGCGUAAAAUGAAAAUAAAUUCUUAGCUUAUUACACUUGCACUUUCUCCGUAUUUACAAUGAAGUAGAUAAUUAGAAGUGCAGUAAGAAAGAUUUUAUUUCAGUAGUUUAUCUUCUCAGUUCAUCGCUUGCUUACUAUCAGACUUCAUUCUCAGAAGAAACACUUAUGCACCACUAAUCAAUAUAGCACUUAAGUAUAUUACAUUCUCUAAAAUGCUUUCAAUAAAUUUUUCAUCCUACCCAUAUGCACCACAACUCCGCCUGUAGCUCUUUCAGGGUUACCGCUGAUCGCAAGCCCGUAUAAGACAGGAAGGUUGGGCAUGGGGUCCGAAACCCCAUCCCAUGGGAAACAAACUUGCUUUAAUAUGCUAACCAGAAAAAUAAUAUAAACCAUCUAAACUGUAACGUGUGAGUGGGAGGAUCUCCCUUCAUAAGGAUUAUGAGGCUUCAUGGUGAAAGCCAAGGUUCCUCAGACGUCAAGAAGCCAAUGCCAUCUAUAACGUCCAGAGCAAUAACUAAUGUAGGCACAUGGAAUGUCCAGAAAAUGUGGGGAAUUGUGAAGGUCAAUAAAAUAGCUCUGGAAAUGAACCCAACCUACUCAAACUGAAAGGAUUAGGUUUGAAAGAGAUGUUCUUGUUCUCUCCGUGUGAAGAAAAUGCUUUGCACACACAAGGAGUUGCACUGAUGCUCUACAAAGAAGCACGAAAAGCACUCAUACAAUGGGUAUCUCAUGAUCCAGAAUCACCAAAGCAUUCUUCAAAUCAUAGAACGAGGUGAACACAAUCAAUGUUAUCCAGUAAUGUGCACUCACCAAUGAUAGCAAUGAAGGCGAUAAACAUCAUCUUCGUGAGGUUUCAGUCGACCGUAGAGAAGUGACUGCGAAAGAACCUAACCAUCCUGAUUGGAUACUUAGAUGCAAAGUCGGAUCGGACUACACUCACUAUGAAGAUAUUAUGCAACGACAUGGACUGACUGAGAGGAAGGGGUUAAAACGGUGAGAUCUUUGCAAAAUUAUCUGCAUUCAAUUGAAUGGUUGUACGUGGUACUGUAUUCCUCAACAAACGUAUACACAAACCUACAUGGGUCUUACCGGAGGAUCACACUGCACAGAAUCAGAUCGAUCGUAUUUACGUCAAUAAAGAGUUCAGAAGAUCAAUGGGAGACUUGAGAGCAAAGAGACGAGCUGCACACCUUCAGAUCACCAUCUACCUGGUGGUUGCCAAGAUGAAAUUCAAGCUAAAGAACUACUGGACAACUAGAGAAACAGCAUUAUAAAGGUUCAAUACAGCCUUCCUUCGACAUACUGACAAACUCAACAACAGGUUACAAGUACUACAGCAUCUACUCAAACAAGAGGAGACUACGAUGGAGAACAACUGGAAACGGAUCAAAGAUGCACUAACUCCACAGUUCAAACAGGUUCUAGGCCGCAACAAGCACCAUCAUAAGGAACAGAUACUUAUUGAUACCUUGGACAACAUUCAAGAAAGGAAGAACAAGAAGACAGCAAUUAGUAACAGCUGAACAACAGCAGAGACAGUCAGAGCACAGACUGAAUACACAGAAUCAGACAAGAGAGUGAAGAGGAGCAUUACAAUCAACAAGCAGAAAUACGUGGAACACUUAGCAAUGACAGCGGAAAAGGCUGCAACACAAGGAAAUAUGAGACAACUACUAUAUGAUACAACAAAGCAACUGGCAGUGAAAUAGUAUAAACCAGAGCCACAAGUCAAUACGAACGUAAAGACGGUUCUACUGUAAGGAGUGGAUACGUGCAGAACUACGACCGUCAUCUUGAAUGUGCAAGUAUUUAUAAACAAUUAUCUACACGAGAUACUCAAUGUCCUUGGGCUAGAUACCAUAAGCAACAACCGCAGAUGGCUAGGAACCAAUCGACUUUCAGUUAAACUGAAAAUUAAGAAAAGAUGCUGGGGGUGGGUAUGAUUUGUUGGCUGAUGCUCUACUGCGUUUUUCAUCCGGUUCAGCAACUCCCUAUUAAAGACUUCGCCUUGUACUGAGAGUAGUUUAAUGCCUUUGUAGUUUUCACAUUUGCUCAGAUCUCCUUUCUUUGGAAUCUUGUUGAAGUCACUAAUAGAACAAUAAUCGCAGAAAUCAUCAAACUGCAUCAAGAGUAAAACCCUAAUUUGGAAUCCCGAAGGGGAAAGGAAAAGAGGAAGACCAUCGCGUCGGAAAUUGGCGGCAAGUAUCAAAAGAAGGAAUAGCACCUA